AUGGAGAGGGAGGAGAAGACGGAUACAAAAAAGAAGAGAUCUCCUGCCGAGCCUGCCAAGGAGAAGAAGUCCACUAAACCUGCCAAGCGGGAGAAUGGACUGAAGGAGGUCGCCAGUCGCACUAAAAACGCCUCGGACAGCUAUGCCGAGGGCCUCAGUCUCAAGAGGCGGUUCGAGGACAGCGACCGCAAGGACAAAACGGACAUCAACAAGGCGAUCGACCACCUCAACAACGCCAUCACGCAGCUCACCACCAACACAGGCCAGGAGCGGCAGAACCAGAUCCAGGCGGUGUACAUGGCCGCGCGAGGGGACUGCUACAUGCUGAUCAAGGAAUACCAAAAGGCCCUGUACGACUUCAUCAUGGCGAUCAAGUUCGACCCCAACGAGAGCACGUACUACCAGUCCCGGGGCAACUGCCAGCUGCAGCUUGGGCACAUCAACGAGGCCCUGGCGGACUUCGAGUCGGCUAUCAAGCACAAGCCUAAUGAGGGAUUCAACUACCUCAACCGGGCCCUGGUGCACGCUCGGCUCAAGAAUUUCAGGGCAGCCAUUGAUGACUACACGCAGGCGCUGAGCAUGAUCAAGGAUUCGUCGGGGUCCUACAAGGCCUACCUGCAUCGUGGCAACUGUCUUCGCUAUGAGAAGGAAUUCGAGCGGGCCAUCGAGGACCUUCUCAAAGCCUGCGAGCUGAACAAGAUCGACCCCGAGGCCCAGAACAGCCUCGGCAUGGCCUACUUCGACAACCUGCAGUACGACCUGGCCCUUGACCGCUUUUCCAAGGCGAUCGAGCUGAACGACCAGAUGGCCAAGUACUACAACAAUAAGGGGCUGGCGUACUACCAUCUUAAGGAGUACUCCCUCUCCCUCGAGGAGUGCAACAAGGCUUUGAAGCUGGACCCCCUGGACUCUCGGAUCUACUACAACCGGGGAAACUCAUACCUGGCGCUCAACCGCAUCCCGGAAAGCCAUUCUGACUUUGACCGCAGUAUCGAGCUGGACGGCCAGAACCCGAAAUUCUUCCAUUCGAAGGGACUUGCCUAUCAGGACACGGAUUAUGAGAGGGCCAUCCAAUUCUUCGAAAAGGCCUUGGAAGUCGACCCUGCCAACGUCCCCUCGCUGUACCACUUGGGGCUCAUGCAGCACCGGGGCGGAAGACUGGCCGAUGCGAUCGACAGCCUUACCAAGGUGCUGUCGACGAUCGGUAGCGAUCGGCUGGUGCUGGAAAGCAGGGGGUUGGUAUACCAGGACAACAAGAGCCAUGCCAAGGCGAUUGAAGAUUUCACGCGGGCGAUUGAGCUGGAGCCUACCUACGCGGAAGUGUACUACUAUCGUGGUAUCAGCAAGAUCGAGAUGGCCCGGCUUCGCGAAGGCUUUUCUUACGAGGAGGCGGUCGAGGACCUGAAGCGUGCCUACCGACUGCUGCAGGACUACGAAAAAGCACUGUAUUACCAAAACGCAGCUUUGAAACAAGACCGGCACAACAUCGAGUUCCUCAUCCACCGCAGCAACAUCUACGUGGACAUCAAGUACUACGCCUAUCUGGAGCUGCAUCAGCAGGCUAUCGAGCCUCUUGGGAAGGCGAUCGCUUUGGCUCCCAACCAGCCUUGCUACUAUCAUGAGCGGGCCAAGGCCUACCUCCGCAUUGCCGAGCAUUCCAUGGCCGUUCAGGAUUUCUUCACAGUGCUGAGAAUGCAGCCUCGCAACGCGAACGCAUAUUUCGGACGGGCAUUCGCUUACAAAGCCCUGCGGAAAUACGAUGAGGCGGCGGCAGACUUCCAGAAGGCCAAGGAACUCGACCCAUUCAACCCCAACCUCAUCAUCAACCCCAAAAAGAUCUACGAGAUCCCUUUCAUCCGCCUGGUCAACCCUGGCGAGGAGGACAACGAGCUGCAGCAAAACAUGAUCCGCCUCUGA